AUGGAUAUGGGAAGUGGAUAUACCCCACCAUUUUCACCGGUAGCCCCCAGUAAAGUUCGUGUGAAUUUUGACACUCACACUAGAUUAUGCAAUAUUCUGGGGGUGGGCAGACAACUGGCACAGGCCAUUGUUGUGAUACGGGAAAACACGGGAAAUUUGGUACCAAAUACCUUGGGUACAAUUAUAGGGCGGCCGCUGACCAUGGGUGACAUGACCGAGUUAGAUUUUAGCACUAACCCCGCAUUAUUUAAAGAAACCCUGUGGUAUGGGGACGGUGCGGAAAAUGCAAGUAGUCCCAUGUACCCACACGGAAGGCGAGCAAAUAUGCCUGUGUUGGAGGAUCCGGUAAGUCGCGAGAAAGCCCAACUUAUGGCCCAAAUUACAGCUCUUGAGGCUGACUUAAAUGCUAGUUAUGAACGUUUUAAGUCACAAACAACUUCAUCCCGCUCAUUAAACUAUGGGCAAAAUCCCCAAGAGGCAAAAAACUUGCCCCGGCCAGAGUCCUAUGUGACAUUGUCCCAGACCCCAAGGAUAUCUAGGGAAUUUAAUCUGCCCCCGGGACGACCAGAUAGGGAACCUGUGCACAGUCCAGUGACGACGCUCAAGACAGAGACCCGUUCCCCAAUAACUCGUCCCCGCCUGCACUUGGGCGUGUUAAGUGACGACAAUGAGGCCUUUUUGCAUCAACUGUCACUUUUAAACGCUGCACGAGCUCUCCCAAGUCCUCCGGUGACAAGUACUCCAGCCACAAUUUAUCCCCCUGUGGUGUCUGGCCUAGUUACGAACAACCCUCCAGCUACAAACAACACACCAGCUCCAAACAACUGCCCAACUAUAAGUAAUCCUCCAGCUCCAAAUAUCCCUACUGUCCCAGCAGUAAUGACAAUACCAAGAAACCCUCCUGGCCCAAGUAUUCCCCCGACACAGAAAGAUCGGGAUGUUCUGACAAAAUUGCCUAAGAGCCUGCUAUAUGAUGGGCAGAGCAAUUGGUUUGUUUUUCAGAGCAAGUUUGAGCGCUACGCAAGGGUGCAAGAUUGGUCUGACGCAGAAUGCGCCGAUUGCCUUGGUUGGUGUUUGACAGGAAAGGCGGUCGAUUUCUAUGCGUUGCUUACCGAAGGGAGAGGGACGGUACCUUACGCAGAGCUAAUGCAGCGACUGCAGGAGCGUUUUGGCGCCAGGGAGCUUACCGCCACCGCGCAGGGCCGUUUCCACGUUGCCUAUCAGGAAGUAGGCGAGUCCCUAGACAAUUGGUCAGAUCGGGCGCUGAAGCUGGCAACAGCGGCGUUUCGUGAUCUGCCCUAUGCAUACGCCGCUGAACAGGCAGUGACGAAGUUUUGUCACGGUUUGAUUGACGAGGAGGCCGGCAAGCAUGUUAGUCUGCAGUUACCAACAUCUAUGGGAGAUGCGAUGAACAUGCUGAAGAUAUAUUGCCAUGUUCAGUCGGCUUGCGCCGCGGCUCCGAGGUAUACCCAGGAGACUGAGCAAGAAGAGUCAAUGUGGGUUCACGAGGUGAAGAAAGCACCCACUGCGGAUGAGGUCAGUGUGUCGGCGGUCGACAAAUUGACCCAGGUGGUCGAGAAGUUGCUGGAUGCUGUGGAGAGAUUGUCAAACUCUUUUGGAAGUUCGGCCGUUGAUCCCUUUGUCCGACAACCGGGUAAGCCGUUUCGAAAUAAAAAAGGCUAUGCCGAAUACCCUGUGGAGUGCCCCUACCCAGGGAAGGUCCCGAACCGGUGGUACAACGACCAACGCCAGGUUAUGUAUCCUGCGGGUGCGGGUGGCGGAGGUGCACGUGGGCAUCGGAACCAAAGUUCAAAAGUCCGCCCUGAGGGAUCGUAUCGCGGCAGAUAUGGUUCCAACUGGGGACAUUUUCAUGCCAUGUCCUUGCCCAACCAUAAGGAGAAGGAGCCCGUUGUGGUAGCUGCGACGACUAAGCAGUCUGGCCAACCGGAAGUGGAUCAUGUAAACCAGCUAGGUCCGGUUUCCCAGUUCUGCAUGAAGGUGCAGCAUGCCAAGGACGUGCACGAUGCAGUUCCCUUGGUGCUGCCAACAGUGCCAGAUGUCGUCAGUGAUCCAAGGAUGGUCAUUGGCGAGAGCACUGAAGGAUACCAUGGAGAUCCUGUGUGCGAUGAUAAAUUUCGCGUGCAGCGCGUUGCGGUUCAGUCUGCGGAGGCGGCUAAAAGCAUGGCGACCGACAGGGCCGACCAGGUGGGGGCCAAAAUAGCCCAACGAAAAGCUGCUGAAACUACUCCGGCCACCGGAAGGUCAGUACCUGUCAGACGGGCGACAGAAGUUGCCGCGUGUGACCGCCGUAAGGGCGGCGCAUGCGAAUGCCGAGUUACCCCAGAUGACAGCUGGGAAGGUGGUGUUCGAAGACUUGUUAGGCGUGGUUCCAAAGGGUGGCGACCCUCUAGUUCUCGCCGCUGGGAGCGGUCCCAGCGGUGGAAAUUAGGUUGGCGACCACCAGAGCGUCUAACUUCCAAAAUCUGUACCGCCUAAAAUUGUAAAUGGCGAGGUUAAUUGUUAGUAAAACUAGGAAAACAAUGCAAAAUACAAAAGACCCCCAAUUUAAAAAAAUUACAGUAGAGUUGCAGUGACAUUCUAUUCGCGGUGUUGAUAAUGUAUUACGGUGUACGCGGAGUAUCUCUAGUAGUAACACUAAAAGCAGCAGCAGUAGUAGUAGUAGUAGUAGUAGUAGUAGUAGUAGUAGUAGUAGUAGUAGUAGUAGUAGUGGUAGUAGUAGUAGUAGUAGUAGUAGUAGUAGCAGAAGUAGUGGUAGUAGUAGUAGUAGUAGUAGUAGUAAAAGCUGUUGUUGUGAAUAUUACAUGAGGUACGCGGUGUAUAAAAGUAAUAGUUCUCUUAAACAUUUUGAUUAAUUUGAUUAGAUUGUUUUGAAUAUAUAUAUGUCCUAUUGUCUCAGUUUAAGCCCAGUCUUUUAUUGCAAUAUUGUUGAAAUUAAUCUGAGCAGUGCUCUGCGAAAUGGGGGUUUAAUGAAUAGGCAUAAAGUGUCGUCCCAAAUUAUCUUGUGCCGUCCGCGCUUAACUUCCUGUAAUUUUUGUAUUACCGCACUAAGAAGUGCUUUGCACAGUCACGGAUGUGUUUAUUUCCCGUGAAGUCUGGGGUUUUUUUUCCUUAUGGUCGGGUGUGACAUUGUCGGACGACCGCUGUCACACCGCACCAUCGGAUGUGGUAACUACGCAGAUGGUGAAUAGGAACCCGGUUUCCCCUGCAAUAUCCCAGUCUUGGCACCUCCGUCACCUUUUAUCCUUCCAUGUUAAGAUUUGUGAGUCGAUCUAACUUCAAUCACUUCGUCAUUGCUGUAUCAUGUCAUUUAUUUCCGUAAUUUUCUAUAAAUUCUUUUCUACCAACCAUAUGCCGAGCAAUGUCGUAGAAUUUUGUCGAAUGAGUUUGUUUUUUAUAGGUGACAGUGCUUGACGACCACUGUCACACUCAAUACUGUUGGCCGGAAUGGUAUUUCCCGGAGUUGUUCUUUUAAACAAUAUUUGCAGGUCUUUUUAAAUUUGUGUGUGACCGUGCUUGACGGCAACUGUCUCGUAGCGUCACUUUAAUUUUUUGAAUGGCCGGAGUUGUUUCACGGUGCAUGUACACUUUUAUUUUGUUUUUAUUUUUGUAAAGUACAUUAUUUCUCAGUGUGAUCUCCACAUUCUAAUACAUAAGUGACUGUACUUGUUGGACGAAAGCCAACAAGAAUGUUUUUUUCUUGAUUAAGCAAUUGUCGGACGAUAGCCGACAAUAAUGUUUUUUUAUUUACUAAUGUGAUGGAAAUUUUCUUAUGCAAGAAACAUAUUGGUCACUAACCGCUAGAAUGCAGCGGUCUGUAUGUACCCCGCUGGGCAAAGGCAGUCCCGUGCCUGCGGGAGGGGGAUCAUGGUCCCAUUUGAGUCUCUAUCUCUUCUGCCUUGGGUGCGACCGUAGGGCGGCAGCCCAAGAGGAGAAAAGUGGGAGGAAUGUAGUGGGUACAAUAGUUUUAUUUUAGUUGUCUUUUCCUCCAUAUAAUGUCAAUGAUUAUGUUGCAAA